AUGUCUUUAUUUGUUGCUAAAGUUAAAAACGUUUUAAGUGGGGACUCUGUUGUUUUAGUUCCUUCAAAAACAAGCCAAUUCCCACCUCCAGAAAGACUUCUUACUUUGGAACACGUAAGACCAAUUGACGAAUUUGAAUCUAAGGAAUAUUUACGUCAAUUGUUAAUUGGUAAAGAAAUCAAAUUCAAAGUAUCAGCCAAGGCGGCUAACAGAGAAUUUGGUGAUAUUCAAGCUCCAAUUUUCAAAUCAUUGAUUGAAUAUUUAUUAUCUCAAGGUUACGUCAAAUUAAGAGAUGGUGAAAAUGCUGAAUCAAAUGACUAUAUCUACGAAUUGAGUCAAAUUGAAAACGCAGCCAAAUUGAAACAAGCUGGAUUAUGGGCCGAUAAACAUACCCCAAUCGAGAUUGUUCCAGUAACUGAAGAGAUCAUCAACAGAUCUCAAUCUAAACCAGUUAAACUUAUUGUUGAAAAAGUCAUUAGUGGUGAUAGAAUUGUUGGACGUUUGAUUUUGAACAAAAAACAACAAGCUCAAACUACUUUGUUAUUAGCUGGUUUAAAAGCACCAAGAACUGAUGAUACUACCCAACCAGCUCAUAUCACCAAAGUGGCCCAACAAGCCAAACAAUUUGUUGAAGACAAAUUAUUAACCACAAAAGCUGAAUUGACGGCUAGUAUUAUUGGAGAAAGUCAAUCAGGCGUCCCAAUUGCAAUCAUCAAUCAUUCUUCAGGUAAUAAUAUUCAUGAGAAAUUAUUAGAAUCUGGUUUUGCUGAAAUUGUUGAUUGGCAAUCUACAUUGAUUGGAUCUAGUGCCAUGAGUGGUUUGAGAAAAGCUGAACAAACCGCCAAAGCUUUGGGUAAAGGUAUCUUUGCCAAUGCCACUGUUGCUAAGAAACCAGCUGUUGCAUCAGGCUCCAAAUUGAGACCAGGUAACACCAUUGCAAAUGUUACUAUUGCCAAGGUAAUUAACGCUGAUACGUUAUUGAUUAGAUUGCCACACUCUGACGAAGAAGUAACUGUUCAAUUGGCUUCUAUCAGAGCACCAAAACCAAAUGACUCCACAGUUACUACCGAUUCUUCCAAACAACAAGCUUUGGUUUCAACUGCAAGAGAAUUUGUUAGACAACAAGUUAUUGGUAAACAAGGUAGUUUGUACGUUGAUGGAUACAGAGAAGCCAAUAAAGAUUUGGGAUUGGAAGCCAGAUUAUUGGUCAGUUUCAAGUACGGCAAUACUGAUCUUUCAGAAUUGAUUGUCACCAAUGGUUUUGGUACUGUUAUCAAACACAACAAAGCUACACAACAUGAACGUUCUAUGAACUGGGAUAAAUUAGUUGAAUUGGAAGAAGAAGCCAAAAAGACUUCAAAGAAAGGUAUUUACGGUGAUUUGAACAAAGUACUUACUGUUGGUACUAGAAUCAUCGAUGCUUCAGAAAAUUUCACCAAAGCUAAAACAUUUUUGAAUGGUUUCAAACAAAAGGGCAGAAUCAGUGGCUAUUAUGUUGAGUUCGUUCCAUCCACUUCCCGUGUUAAAUUGUUCAACCCUAAGGAAGGUAUGAAAUUGACCUUAAUUUUGGGUGGGUUGUCUAAUGAUAAACAUGACUCCUUAAACGAAGAAGGUGUUAAAUUCUUGAACAAGAAAUUUUUGCAAAGACCAGUUGAAUUUGAAAUUUAUGAUACUGAUAAAUUAGGUGGAUUCAUUGGUAACUUGUAUGCUAAUGCCAAUGCAUUGACCCCAGUUCAACAACAGUUGUUAGAACAAGGUAUUAUUAAAAUCCACGAAUAUGCAGUCAACUCCAACCCAGCUGCUGCUGCACUUAUAAAAGCAGAAGAAGAUGCCAGAGAAGCCAAAAAGGGUGUCUGGGCUAACUAUGAUCCAGCAAAAGUUGAAAAAGAGUUAGCUGAAACCACUGCUAGAUUAGAAUCAGCUAACCUUGAAGCCGCUAAACCAAAAUUCUUUGAUAUAGAAGUUGUUGACAUUGAUCCAAGCACUGGUGUUUUGUCAUUCCAUUUAUUAGAUGCCACAACUACACAAAAAUUUGCCCAAUUUAAACAAGCAUUCCAACAAUUCCACAGUCAAACUCCAAGUGCCUCACAAUCAUCCCCUGAUUUACCAGUUAAAUUAUCCAAGGGUCCAAGAAAGAAUGAAUUUGUUUCUGCCAAAUUUUCUGAUAAUGGAAAAUUCUACCGUGCUAAAGUUAUAAACUUUGAUAAAUCCUCCGGUAGAUAUGAAGUCAAACACUUGGACUUUGGUAAUGUUGAUAAAGUUCCAUUGAGUUCAUUGCGUGUUUUACCAGACAGAUUUAAUGUCACUAAUUUCCCAGUUUUUGCACACACUACAACUUUACAAAAUUUGAGAUUACCACCAUCUAAGCCAACCGAUUACUUGACUGAUGCUGUUUAUGCUUUAGAAGAUUUGGUUUACGAUAGAAAAUUGGUCAUUAGUGCCUUACCAGGUGUCUCUGCUGAAUAUGAAGGUGUUUUGUACGAUGCUGAACAAAGUUUAACUGAUUCCUCAUACACCAUCAACAAGCAAUUGGUUAAAGAAGGUUGGGGUGUCGUUGACACCAAGAUUGUUAAACCAGCUGUUAAAGAAUAUGUCAACGAAUUGAUCGCUGCCCAACGUGAAGCUAAAUCCAAACACUUGGGAUGUUGGGAAUUUGGUGAUGUUUCCUUUGAAGAAGAAAGUUUAUUGGCUUAG